CUUUUAAAAACUGUUCUGUUUUUUUUUUAAAAAGAUUCAAAUAUGGCAUCAACAGAUAAGACAAGAAAGAGAUCAGUAAAACAACAUAAUUUUAAUCUAAAAAAAUCUUCCUUUCCCCAAUUUUCCCGCUUGAACUCGGGCUUUCCCUUCUGUUUGAAAAGAAAAACACAUAUUCAGAUUGUUGCAGCUGAGGUGGGAAACCUAGGUCUGUUUACAGUCGGGUUCUGCUUUUCUCUCUCUUCCUACGCUAUUCCACAGUUACUGGUCGGAGAAGGAGGAGGGAUACAACUAGAUGAUGAGGAAUGCUCCUGGUUUGCUAGUUCCCAUGUACUCGGCUGUGUGAUUGGAUCUGUGAUUGGUGGAGGAUAUUUGGUUGAGAGGAUUGGGAGUAGGAAGAGUCUGAUGGUGGAUUGUCUGGGAUAUAUCAUUGGUUCUCUUCUGGUCAGUCUAACUAACUCUCUUCCACUCAUUCUUUUAGGCAGAAUUAUUACAGGAUACUCAACCGGAAGCAACUAUGUCUCUGUUCCGGUUUUUGUUGGAGAAAUAUCACAUCCGUCCAUCCGAGGUUUUACAGGGAGCUUAUUCAUCAUAAAUCAUAAUAUUGGUUUCACACUUUCCAUGAUUCUUGGCGCCUCCCUGCCCUGGAGAACUGUGGUACUCAUAUCAAUGAUCCCUCCUUCUUUAUCUUUUUGUUUACUCCUAUUUAUUAAAGAUUCUCCUUCAUGGCUUCUUAGACGAAGGAAUGAGAGUGGUGCAAAGCAGGCCUUGAUGUUCUACAGUGAUACAAAACCAGAAACUUGGUUGGAAGCUGUUAAAGGAAAAGAAAAUGGUGAAAGCAUCAUUAUGCAGGAAAAAUAUUCAAUUGUCAAAUCAAAGUUCUAUUCGGCAAAACUUACUGGAAGGCGAGCUCUGGAUUCAAGUUUCCUAAAACCUUUCUUUGUUCUCAAUCUAAUGCUGACAAUUGGCAUUAAUUGGGGGGGUUUCGCGGCUCUAGAAUACUAUAUGCACACAAUAGUGUCGGAAGUCCAGGUUCCCUUUAACACGUAUUGGAUAGGAGUCAUAAUUACUGCUUAUGGACUGCUACAAACUGGAUUCCGUUUUUGGCCAUUUUGCUGCAGUGUACAGGAUACGGAUUAGGAUAUGGUGUCAUAGUUUUCAAUUUACAAGGAGAAAUACUGCCAUCUGACAUGAGAAGCUUCGGUUCUGGUUUACUGGGUAUUUUUGAUAACAUUUCACUCUUUAUUGCUCUGAAAACAGUUCCGUUGAUGAUUGAUAGUAUUGGAGUUGGAGGAAUGUUUUCAACCUAUUUUGGUUUUGUUAUUUUAACUUUAAUAACAGCAUACUUCAUCAUGCCAGAAACCAAGGGGCUAAGUUUAGAGGAGAUAGAAGACAUGUAUCAACCGAAGAAGAAAUAGAAGAAACGAGUUGACCCUCCAAUUUAAGAUGGCAAUGCUCGAUUUACAAUGGUACCCUUGACAAAAUUAUCUGAUAAAUAAAGUGGAAGAUAUUAUUGUUUUUCUAGGUUUUGAUAAUCACUAUAUGUGCUCCUGCUGUAGAAAUGCGCAAAUCACUUUUGUAACAAAACCACAAUUAAUAAUAAUUAGUUUUUGAAAUAUUA